GUUAAUUUGGAUUCAAAUCAUAUUUAUAAUUGUAUUUAAAAAAAUUAACUUACAAUUACAUGCAAUAAAAUAAAACAAAAUAAAAAAUUAAAAUACUUUACUAAUGUUAGAUUUAAGUGGAAUUCCUCCCAACCGACAUAUAUAUUGCACAGUUGCCAGUUGCCGGUUGCAACUCACCCAGAUUCGCCACUUUGUGUUGUCAUCAAACAGUAUAAACUUCUUUCCUCUCUCUCUCUCUCUUUCUUUCUCUCUCUCACACACACAAACACACAGAAACAAUGGCGGGCGGCGAAAAUGGAGUGCACAUACUAGUGUUCCCAUACCCAGCACAAGGGCACAUGCUUCCACUUCUCGAUCUAUCUCACCAACUCUCUCUCCGAGGUUUAUCCAUUACAAUCUUAAUCACUCCGAAAAACCUCCCAAUCUUGAAACCACUUCUAUCAGCCAAUCCUUCAAUCCAAACCCUAGUUUUCCCAUUCCCAAAAUACCCCUCGAUCCCACCUGGUGUAGAAAACAUCAAAGAUCUAGGCAACAAAGGGAAUAUACCAAUGAUGCUCGCCCUCACCCAACUCCAAGACCCAAUAAUCCAGUGGUACAGGUCACACAGUAACCCCCCUGUUGCCCUCCUCUCCGAUUUCUUCCUCGGCUGGACCCACCACUUAGCAAACCACCUUUCUAUUCCCAGGAUUGUUUUUUACUGUUCUGGAGCCUUUGCAGUAAAUGUUUUUGACCACCUCUGGACUAAUCCAGAGGCAGUAAAACCUGGGGGUGAGGUAAAGUUUCAAGAUUUACCCGGGUCGCCGAGUUUUACUUGGGAGCAGCUUCCUUCCCUGUUCCGCCAGUACAUGGAAUCAAAUCCCAAUACCGACUUGGACUCGAUCAAGACUUCAAUGGCUGCCAACUGUUUGAGCUGGGCUUCUGUUUUCAACACUUUCGACGCCUUGGAGCACGAGUUCUUGGACUACUUGAAUAACAAAACGGGCCAUCCACGGGUCUACAGCGUCGGCCCGAUCGAUAUGGUUGUUGGAUCCGACAAAUUGCGGGCGGGUCAUGACAAUGCUCAUGCUGACACUGCGUUAAUGUCAUGGCUCGAUAAAUGCGAAGAUGGGUCCGUUUUGUACGUGUGCUUCGGGAGUCAAAAGAUUCUCAACAAAACCCAAACGGAGGCACUGGCGAACGGGCUCGAAACAAGUGGCGCCCCCUUCGUUUGGAUCGUGAAUGACCACGGGUCGGUACCCAACCGUGUUUCGAAACGGGGCUUCGUUGUAAACGGGUGGGCCCCGCAGAGGGCGAUACUGGGUCACCGGGCGGUGGGUGGAUUUCUGAGCCAUUGCGGGUGGAACUCGGUGCUGGAGGCGGUGGGGUCCGGGGCGGUGAUAUUGGGGUGGCCGAUGGAAGCGGAGCAGUUUGUGAACGCUAGGCUGCUGGUGGAGCGUAAGGGGGCGGCGGUCCUGGUGGCGGAAGGCGGUGACUCGGUGCCUGACUCGGCUGAGUUGGCUCGGAAAAUCGCCGAGUCGAUGCGUGGAGAUGCUGUGGAGAGAGUUAGAGCAAAGGAACUAAGAGAUGAGGCGUGGGAAGCAGUUAAGGUUGGUGGGAGUUCGGACAGAGAUUUGGAUAGGCUUGUCCAAGAACUAGCCCAAUUAAAAAGUCAAUAAUUAAUGUUUGUAAUAAUUCAGCAUGUAUUUGCCUCAAAUAAAAAGUUUGAUUUCAACACUAUCA